AACAUUACCUUCAUUGAAUCUGCUCAUCGCUCAUAUUAUCUUCAAAGUUUAACUAUCGUCAACCCCAAGCCUGAUUUAAUCUGUUAUUCGGUGAGCACCUGAUGCUAAUAAGGCUAUGAAAAAUCUCCACGAAAGAUCAGAUGGACCUCAUAACCUAAAACAGAACCCCCAAAAAGAAAAAACCCGUAUAAAUAAAUUUGAAAAAUAAUAAUAUUAAAAAUUACAGAGUAUUUCCUUAGGGCGCGUUUGGAUGCAGAAAUUAACCUGAAUGAUUCCUAUAACACGCCAAGCUUGGUCUUUGAAGACGACAAUUUUUUCAUCUCCAGGAUGGCGAGAUCUGAGCUCUUCCCUAACAACUGGAGAACAGGCAUUGUGCUCACUGGUCAAUUGGUCAGCAGAGAUUCCAUUGUUCGGCCUAUUAAGAACUCCGAGAACAGCCCUUAACUUCUCCUUGACCGGAAAUCCUCUUCCUAGUUCCAAUGGAAGGAGCGUUGGAGCAGCGACUUUGAUAGAUCUAUUACACCAAUCUAUGUAUUAUAGCUGCAAUUUCGGUUCCACUGCCCUCUGCUCACAGCCACCAAAAUCCACCAGGCAUGGUAGAAAACCUAGCCAGCGUCGUCGGUCUCCCACCUUGUUUCGUUGGAAGCCUCGUGGUCCAUGGCAAUUGGAGGGGUCAAAACCCUAGCCUGUUUGCUUUCUUGUGUUGAGAUAAGAGAAAAAAGCAUACAGAGGACAUGAUCUAUUGGCGUACAGAAGAAGCUGGCGGGAGUACUGUUUUUAAUUGACUAAUUUACUGUUCCAAUGUGGCUCCUAUCUUUGUAUAUAUAGAGAUAUCGUGGGAUGACCAACGACCUUGCAGUGCUCCGUUCGAGAAAAUGACGGUUCUUACUCCCCCUACCCCCCUGCCCCCUCAAUUUUACCCCCAAAUUUAGUUGACUAUGGAGUCAUUUUUUUGACUCCAAAGUCAACAAAAUCUGGGGUGCAAU